AUGGCUUUUCAGUUCUUUGCCAGGGCGCAUCAAUCCAAAGCGCCCACUUCUCCACCUUUGUCUCCCCCUCAGGCUCCAAGUACCAUAACUUCACCGUCUUCAAACAACUCUCACACCAGGCCACCUAAGGGCCCACCAGCUAUCGUCGUUCCUCCCUCUUCUGGCUCGUCUUCCGUGAGUCUGGCAUCCAAACUUCAGCCUCCAGCAGGCCGGGACUCAACCCUUCAAGCUGUGCCAUACCCAAAGCCCAUCGCAUCAGGCCACCCCACUCCGCACCCGCAUGUUACCGUCGAAGUUGUGAGCACAGCUCACAUCCCUUCACUGACCAGAAUCACGGGCUUGCUGCUUCCUAUUCGCUAUCCGAACUCCUUCUACACAGCCACCAUCACUGACCCCGUGAUCUCGUCGCUGUCCCGCGUGGCCGUCUAUCAUGAUCAUCCGGUAGCCGCUGCUCCCACCUCUGCAGCGCCAUCCCCUUCAACGGGCUUGAAGACCCCCACAACUGGAUCAGACAAAGUUAUUGGAGGCAUCAGGUGCCGAUUGGAGCGGUUGCCGCCGACUACUGCCGGAAUCUUGCAAGGCCGGUCGAAUUCCGAGCCGACGAAUCUCUACAUUCAAACACUUCAUCUACUGUCGCCCUAUCGAGGCUGUGGGAUCGCAGCAUCGCUUCUAGACUCGCUACUCUACUCGUCCAGUUCCUUGUCAUCUUCUACUUCAUCCGAUUCGCGACCAGAUCAACAAGUUUCAGACCUGGUGAAGCAUUACAACAUUCGCACCGUCACAGCGCAUGUCCACGAGGCCAACGAAGAUGGUCUGAAGUGGUACAUCGCACGAGGGUUCAAGGUGGAAGAUGGUAUAGUGGAGAAUUACUACCGGCGCCUGAAGCCUUCUGGCGCAAAAAUUGUCAAGCUUGUUCUCCAAUGGACUGAUGCGCCUAAAGAGGAAAUCCUUCCCAUCAACAAGCGUCAAGACCAGCGCAAAGCGCCUGGAGGGGAUGAUGACGAUGAUUGGGAGAAGGUCGAAGCUGAAGAUGGUGAUGACGAGGAAGACCAUGGAGUACAACCGUUCGCCGAUACGGAUUCUAAGAUUCUGGAAGUUGACGAAGGGAUGAGCAGGAAGCGUAAGGCAGAUGAUGAGCCCCAGCGGCCAUGA